UUAUUUUCUGGACCCGGUUUCGGGAUAACGCGGCUGGGGACAAAUUAUACCCCCCAGAUCGUCACACAGCCGGGUACCUUAUAUGAGAGCACCACUCCUUUCGACCUUGAUUUCAAUGCGGAGAUGCUUGGAGGAGUAAGAUGUGCGAUCCUGAGCGACUGCAACAAUGAUACAGGCCGUGAUUGCACUUCUCUUAGCAUUGCUGGCUUCGGCCUACACUUUCCGCAAAUUCGCGCACUUGGACUGUGUUCUUGGCCCCUUAAUAUCGCCCAUUUCGUGGUGGUGGCACAUCUACCUGCGUAACUCGCCUCAUGACGGUCGCAGGCUCUCAGAGCUUCAUGCGAGAUAUGGAAGAAUCGUCCGUCUAGGAUCAAAUCGGAUCAGUGUCUCGGAUCCGGCAAUCAUUGCUCAGCUAUACCAGUUUCAAAUCGAUCGUAUCAGGGGAUCCCAGUCUCAGGAUGUUGAUGUUUGGGCACAUGGUGAACGCGAUGACCAAACUCCAACCAGCCAGUGGGCGAGAUUCCUGGCAUACGAGGGUAUCAACGAUAGCUCAACAAAGGAGCUCCUCGACGCACUCAAAAGACAUCAAAGUAUCGAGCUGGUAGCCUGUCUCAAGAUAUUUGCCGCGACGCUCAUUGAUAAAUGUAUCUGCAACCCAGCGUCAAACGCAGCUCAGACACAGACCCAAGCAAUAAACGCCCGCUCGCUUUCCGACAAACCAUCGAUAGUAGAAUACCUACUUUUCCAGAGCCCUGUAUCGUCACUGAAAAGGUACCGAGGUCGGCAGCUUACACAGUGUUCAAUGAUGCCCGUCCAUGCCCUCACGACACCUGCUGGCCUCCACAAACCAAACCUAGACAGCCCCAACAUCCUUAACGACAACACCCUGGCGAGCGACGAGCUUACAACCGAAACUGAAUCCCUCAUCACAGCCUUUGCCUCCGUCUUCUUAUAUCUGCUCCAAUACCCCGAAAAGCUGACUACCCUGCAACACGAGAUCGAUUCAGCCUACAAUACUGGGUCACUUUCCUCCACUCCACGCUGGAGGGAACUAUCACGCCUUCCCUAUCUCUGCGCCGUGAUGAAAGAGUCGAUGCGCCUAACCUGCACUGCGAACAGUGAGAAGGAGUUCCUAGCCUCAGCGGUCUCGGGCAAUCUGCGAUCGGAAUUCAUCUUCCCAAGUGGUACGAUCAUCACCUGCAACGCCUACGUCGCGCACUUCAAUCACACAAUCUACGGAGACGACGCACACGCCUUCCGCCCGGAGCGAUGGCUCAUUGCCAGCGUGCCACAGCGGAAGCUCAUGGAUCGAGCCAUCCUACUCUUUCAUCCGUGUCUACACACCAAUCCAAAGCUCCGCGCCGCCUGGCUGGAACUGAAGAAGGUGGUUGUGCAGAUUUUGCUCAACUUCAACAUCCAACCCUUCCUAGUCGAUCAUCAUGCAGGACAAACGUCGAACCUCUCGCCGGGUUCUACAAUAGUCACUACGACUCCCAGGAUGCCGGAGGUCUGACAGCACAUAAACCCGACCACACAAGCUCUUCAGCCAUGGCUUUCAUUCGAUCAACUAGCAAUUCUUUCAUAAGCACCUCGCUUCCAUAGUGCCUCACCACGGCUAUUACUUCUCCUUCGAUGUUCAUUCCCAACAAGAUACCCCUUUUGUCAAAUCUCAAUGAUUUUAACAUGAUACAAUCAAUCGCUUCGCCUAUCUAAUUUACCAUAG